AUGGAUGAUGAUGAUGAUGAUGAUGAUGAUGAUGAUGAUGAUGAUGAUGAUGAUGAUGAUGAUGAUGAUGAUGAUGAUGAUGAUGAUGAUGAUGAUGAUGAUGAUGAUGAUGAUGAUGAUGAUGAUGAUGAUGAUGAUGAUGAUGAUGAUGAUGAUGAUGAUGAUGAUGAUGAUGAUGAUGAUGAUGAUGAUGAUGAUGAUGAUGAUGAUGAUGAUGAUGAUGAUGAUGAUGAUGAUGAUGAUGAUGAUGAUGAUGAUGAUGAUGAUGAUGAUGAUGAUGAUGAUGAUGAUGAUGAUGAUGAUGAUGAUGAUGAUGAUGAUGAUGAUGAUGAUGAUGAUGAUGAUGAUGAUGAUGAUGAUGAUGAUGAUGAUGGAUGA